AUGAUCACAACUUUAAUCCAUCCCUCACAAAGACAAAUCAUGUCACAUAGAAUUUCUGUUCUUUUCUUAUCCUUUCUAUUAAUCACAACAACCAGUGUUUCUCUUGAAGAUGGUUUCAUUUCUGUGAUUAUAUCUGAUAAGGGUCUUGACUUUGCCAAAGACAUUCUAAUAAACCAAGCUAUUGCAUCUAUAGUUGUUUCUCAGCUUCCACAAAUUGAGAAAUCUGUUCAAGUUCCUCUUGUUGGAAAAGCUCAUGUGAUUCUUUCUGAGAUCACAAUUAAGAAUAUUCAAGUGAGUUCUUCGUCUGUUGAAACUGGUGAUUCUGCCAUUGGUGUCGUUGUUUCAGGCGCUACUGCUAAUUUGACCUUGAAUUGGAGGUAUACUGUUAGUAGUUGGUUGGUCCCAAUUGGAAUUUCGGAUAGUGGAACUGCCACUGUUAAGGUUGAAGAUAUGCAAGUCGGACUAACUGUAAAUUUAACGAACCAAGGAGGAACUUUAAAGCUGAAUCUCUUGGAUUAUGGAUGUGAUGUUGGAGAAUUAUCUAUAAAAUUGAACGGCGGAGCAGCUUGGCUUUAUCAAGUGCUAGUUGAUGCUUUUAAAGGAAAUAUAGGAUCUGCAGUUGAAGAUGCUGUUUCUAAGAAAAUAAGAGAAGGCAUACCAACACUUGACGAUUUACUGCAAACUCUUCCGCAGACAAUUUCGUUAGACAAAACUGCUGCUCUAAAUGUUUCUUUCGUCGACAAUCCUGUGCUGAGCAACUCUUCUAUCGAACUCAAAAUCAACGGUUUAUUCAGUGAGAGAAAGGGUGUUUCAGUACCUCAAAGUUACCAUAAAGGAUCCGAUCAUAUUUCUGUUUCCAAUGGUGAUUUACCAAAGAUGAUUAACAUUUCAAUACAUGAAAAUGUUUUCAAAUCGGCCUCCGAAGUUUACUUUGCAGCCGAUGCGUUGCAAUGGAUACUUGAUGAACUACCUAAUCAGUCCAUUUUGAACACUGCUGAAUGGAAACUCAUCAUUCCUCAAUUAUACAAGCAAUAUCCAAAUGAUGACAUGAACCUUAAUGUCUCGGUAUCUUCUCCACCGGUUAUAGAAGUGUCUGAUCAAGAUAUCGACGCUACCAUUUCCAUAGAUUUAAUCAUUGAUGUUUUGGAAGCCGGUGAAGUCAUACCUGUUACAUGCAUCUCUGUGAACAUUAGUGCCUCGUGUGACGUGGAAAUUGUUCGAAAAAGUCUCACCGGUCGGCUUAAAUUGAAGAAGUUCUCCACAUACUUGAAAUGGAGCAAAAUAGGGAAACUUCACAUGAAUGUGAUUCAGUCAUUGACAUCAACUGUCCUCAAAACCGUGCUGAUCCCGUACUUGAACUCGCAGUUAAAGAAAGGAAUUCCAUUGCCGAUUCUUAAGGGUUUCGCCCUUAAGAACGCACGAAUCUUUAACACUCCGCCGUGGAUUGGAGUGUCUAGUGAUGUAACCUUCUUGGGAGACUACUAUCUUAGACAUCAUCUAGCUUAUGCAUCAUAA